UGUAUUAUGUUCAAACCAGGAAAUUGUUGCUCUGUAAACAUGUGACACUGUAGUCAAAAUAUUCGUUCAUAAAUCGUGUAAACAAGUCCACGUAGAUAACAGACCACGGUCACCUGUUCGCAUCACCGGCACCACAUAAUGCGCUUCCGGCGGAAGUACGACAAUCGGCGCCAUUUUGAUUUCUGCCCACAUUGUGCGCCCGCGCACACCGUGGCAUCAAUGUUACACAAUAAUCGAUUGUGAUUGUAUUGAUCGUCGUGUUUGGGGUAAAUUGGUGGGAAGCUAGAUUGUAUGGGAUAAACAUGGUGACUCAUCAUAAUGUAUCAUAGUUUAACAUUCAUACAAUGCCGUGUUGGUUUCUUAUUUUCCCUGUGGAUACUGACGGUUAAGAUAAUACAAAAUAUUGAAAGUCUUAUUCAAUGGGACAUAUUAAUACAACUAACAAUGGAAAAAUUGAGCGCAUUUUAUGUAGGCACUUCUAUAUUCUCUGUUAAGGAUGUGUACCAUUGUCAAUUGGCUAUAUUUUUUCAGUAGUGCGGUAUAUAUGCUUGUGCUCUUUGCCAAGGUGAAAGGCCACAUCUCCCGUCAUUGCCACGGUGUCGUGUGGGCAUUGUGUUUAUCGUCCAAUGUUGGUGUCGACUCAUCACGGAGAUAACAUCGAAAUAAUUAAUACUACUGAUGGAACAGCUCGCUCAUUGCACGUUGACACGCAUGGCUGUGUCACCUGUUUACACUAUGGCGUACCUUUUAUUAUACCUAGGUGUUUCUAGUUAAUGUAGGUGCCUAACUGUGGUCUUAGUGCACGUGUGACGAUCGAAUAAAUCGAGAUCGGUUUCGAUUCUCAGCUCGCUUCAAUCCGAAUAUCCUCUAAAUAGUUUCAAUAUAAGCAACGACUUUGACGAGGAAUAAUGGGUUCGGGAGCAUCAGGCCUGGCGAGCGAAACGCCGGGCGGUGAUCUCCGUCUACCAGCAUCCGGGCUGCGGUUCUCUCUCAACCAGCUUCGGACGCUCAAUUCUUACGUGGAUAAUCUUUGGGAGGAAGAUCAAACAGGACGUAUUUCGACGGAGCUGGAGAGUGCAGUGGAGAGUCUAGUCCAGAGGAUAGUGGAUGGAGCUGGACAGAGGGACCCCAGGUUUCGAUGCUGUCAUCUCAUAGCCCUGCAUAGAGGGAAGAAGAUGCGAUCCCGUUCCCUGGAAUACCUGGUGACCUUGGACUCCCUUCCUCCUUUGAACUCGGGGGAAGAUUGCAGUCUACAAGACGGACCGGUGGGCUAUGGACGCAUUCGUCUUACGGGCAGAGAGGCUGACAAAUGGGAGGAGUUUUUGACACCAUCCGGAUAUUUGUGCAGAGACAAGGUAGUGGAGCGCUGGGUGGAGCUGAUAGCUCGCUGCACGUCGGCUCGUGGCGGGGGCGGCUCGCGGGUACUCUGCGCGCGCGCAGUCAAACACGCCGCGCCCUAUACACACUGCUACCUGCAGAGGGGAACAACUCUACUAUCAAACAAUGAUCGUCGCCUGGCCAUAGUAGAGGGAGCUGCGUGGGUGAUGGUGCGGGUCGGCGCUGGGGAGGCAGAAGCCAAGCUGAUGUUGGGAGCCAGGGUGCAGGGCUGCAACGCCGCGGCGUAUACCAACCGGGUGCCGCUCAUACAUCCCAUGGCGUUACUGCAUUAUACUAGUGCUCAGGGGGGUUACUACGCGGCGGCAGUAGGUCCCCCAUCAUCCCUGGUGUGCGGGGAGCGCAGCGCGACGUGGCAGCUGUGGCAGCCGGCGCUGGAGGCCGCGCUGGACGCGCACUGCUCGCAGCUGGCCGCCGCCGCCAGGGUCGCCGGGGCACUCAAUGUCCUGCUUGAUAAGAUGAGGGAGGGAGCUUACCAGGGUACUCUCCGCGUGCUAAGUAGAUACGCAGCGAUGUGCGCGGUCCGUCGUCGCGUGGACCGUUGCGGCGCGUACCCCGCGGCGGCGGCGCGCUGCCUGCCCGCGCUGCACGCCGCGCACCAUCUGCUGCUACUGCUGGACGAAUUAUACUCCCUGUGUGAGCGUGGAGGUAUAGCAGGGUACGUGUACCCAGUGGAGCGGGGGUCGGUGGUGCGGCGCGGGGCGAGGGAUGCCGACUGGCAGUUCGAUGCUGCCUGUGUCAAGAGUUGUCUGCAACAACUACAUCACGUAGCAGGAGAAGACAUUCCACCAUCACCAUCAGACUGCUUGGAGACAGCACUACUGAAUCGGUGGGAGAGUCUGAACAGAGAAGCCAAGGCUUCUGCCGGGACCACUCCAUCCUACUCCAAGCGACAACUGCGGUACCUGUGGAGGGUGGCCAGCGAACUGCUCAAGUGCAAGAGUAUGGUGGCUUGUGAAAACCACAGCACGUUCAAAGCGAACCUGAUCCAAGUGACGUCAUUGAACCAGGAGCCCAUCGAGGACCUGAUCCACGUGCUGGCCAUCAUGCUGGACCAGGCUCGAGACCUCUACCUGAACAACUUCCACUCCAAGAGUGUUGGGGAAUUCGAUAGGGAUCUGUCCGUUUAUAGGUCAAAAAAAUGGAACAAGCUAAAGGAUUACUACGACGCUUCAUCAGCUUGUCUGAUAGACGCCGUGCGGAGAGACCCUGAACUACGGCGAGAAGACCUAAAAGACCCUUUGGUAGUCAUGAAGAACAUUCUAAACUGGCUUUAUAAGGGGGCCAAAGACGACAAGAAAUACCUUGGACCAGUUCUAAGACCGUAUCUAGAUGGUCUUUUCUCCACUUCUAUAGAAAAUUCAUGGUUUUUAGAAGACUUUGAUGGGAAGAAAUGUGUGCAGGAGUUUGAAGGUCUAAAGGAGUAUUGUAUGGGUGUUCAUGAUGGGUCUUUGGAGCCGUGCAUGGGGUUGCUCGAUGCUGCCAAGAAGUUUGCAUGGGCUAAAGCUAUGGUGGACUUUGUGGACAGAUUUCGGCAUAUCGAUUUUCGCCUAGUAUUCCCAACUGGCGAGGGCAUGGCGAUAUCCUACCCCAUCAAGUUACCGUCGCGGAGGGAACACAGUUCUGCCCGUACCCUCACAUUGAGCAGGCGUGAUAAGGCCGAGGCUAAGCUACGACUCGCCAAGCGAUGUGUACUGGGUGCCUUCGCUACUGCUCUCGUGGGAGAUAGGCGACAUAAACAAAAACCAAUAUCUCGCCAUGAGAGCAGUGAUGAGAUUCUCGCGAACGUUAAAAAUGGGAACUAUUGGAGAACCACAAAACCAGACAUCAUUCCUUCCUCAUCCAUCCAGGAUAUAUCGAAAGACCAGCUGGAUAGUCUACCCAGAGUGAGAAGACGGUCAAGAAGGCAUAGACCAGCCACAUCGUAUGGGUUUCCAGAAAUUUCUUUAUCAGACCAUGCGGAUACGAAGACCAUGAGACGAAAAUACCAUACGUUGAAGAGUUUGGUGUAUACGGAGCCUGUGGAGAGUAUACGGGAGAUCCGGCAUAGACCACGGUCUGCUGGGUCUACUGUGAAGAAUAAGGAAGCGCUCAGUAGACCGAGUAUACUGGAGACGUUGGACUUCAUUAAUAGCGUGAAGAAUGCGUUGUGUGUUGAGGAAUCCGGUGCAUCAGACGCGGAAGACUCAGCCUGGUCUUUAGAAGACGAGUGGUUGGUGGGGCAGUGUGCGCCCCUCAACUUGAUAUGCGCGCGCAGUGGACACCAUGCUCUGCAUCUAGCUCUUGGGGACCUGGUGGUGGCACUGCUACAUCGGGGAAGGUUUACUAUCUUACAAGAGCUAUGUUCAUUCCUGGGUGACGCGAGUGAGGGCGCGCUGUUCGCUUUACAUCGACUGGCGAGAGCUGCUCGUUCCAGGAGUAGUGAGAGAGCCUCUAGCUCCUGGCGUCUCCCAGAAGCAGAAGGCAGUAUAUCCGAAGCUCCCCAGAAGUACCGACCGCGCCCUCCUGACUACGUGUCAGGUGAUGAAGCGCCACCACCACCUCCUCCGCUACCCAGGACUUCUAGUAUUGGGAGACAGGUAUCAACCCGCUACACAGACUAUCAACCACCAAACCGCCUUCAACUGGAACCGACCAUCACCCAAAUCAACCCUAUAACGCCUCCAUACACAGGCAUCAUCAACCCUAUAUACGACAUUAAAAUGCCAAGGGACAAAUUUGCCGUAAAAAGAUCUAAGUCUUUAGGCAGAAGUUUUAGUUCUAAAAACUUGGGUAUAGAAAUAAAUAGGUAUAAUAUAACGCUAGGUCAUAAGAGUGGGAGGAGGACUAAUGAUGUGGUUACUGCGAUCACUGGCAUGACGGGGGAGACUGGGCUGGAGACGAAAGGGAACUUCUUCCAAAGGUACAGUACUGCUGAAGUGGUUGGAGAUUCGUAUAGAGUUAGUAGGGUUACUAUAGAUUAAUAGUAACCCCUAUAGAUUGAUUGGACUGGUCAUUCAUUGAAGGAAAGAGGUGAAAUAAGAAUGUAGACUUUAAGUUCUACAUCUGUUAUAUAUGAAAUGUAGAAAAACUGAAUUGCCGGCACUUAUUCCCUUUUGCUAAUUUGUGAUUUAGUUAUUUCUGAUGAAUGCGGAUUGAACACCAAAUAUAUUGUGAAUUCUACGGGUACGAUGAAACGUAUGUAUUAUCUUUAUUUUUAUAUAAAGUAGAAUUAUUAAGAAGAAUGUAUGUAUAGUAUAGUGUGAACUGUUAAUCAUGAUAAAUUUGUAGUUUAUUAGCAUUGCUUAAAAGUGUAUUUUUAUUUAAUAUGAUAUUUUUUAAUUUUAUAAUUUGCGUUACUCUUUGUAUAGUAUCAAGAUUAGAAAAAUAUAUAAACAAAUAUUUAUGUUGA